AUGCAGCGGACAGCCGUGUCGCUCCUUGCCCGCUCUGCGCGCCCCGCCGUGCGCCCCGUCGCCCUCGCCCGCCCCGUCGCCCGCCUCGCCUCGACGUCGGCCGCCCACGACCCGCACGCUGGCCCCGCCGAGCACUACCCGCCAGAGGGCUUCAACGCCCCCUUCUGGCGCCGUCUCUCGCUCGCCGCGCUCGCCGUCGCCAUCUACCUCCGCGCCGCACCGGACGACCUCGCCGACCAGGUCGAGCACCUCGCCGAGCAAAAGCUGCCCUGGAUGACGCGCUACAUCGAGCACAACCUGAGCCCGGACGCCGACAAGUUCAAGCAGCGCAACGACCGGCACCUCGAGUUGGCCAAGCAGGCCGCAGACGACAAGCUGCUGUUCCAGGAGGCUGAGCGGCCGAGGGUCAGGAGGAUGCGGUACCUCGGCACCUUUGACCAGGCCUCGCCCAACGGCAUCGAGGUCGGGUCGCAGGCCGACCUCUCGGGCCUCGUCAUCAAGGCCGAGAAGGACGACUUUGCCGCCUAAGCGCGGUGUGUUGUCUAGACGGAGGAGCAAGGGCGGACGAGGAGGGGCGCCGGGUCGUGCAACCGGCGAGAUUGGGCUCUCUCUUUCGUUUC